AUGUCGCGCACGAUCUACUCAUUGUGGCUCGCCGUUCUCGCCGUCUACUCGUUCUGGAUCUCCCUGGCGCACGCGGUCUCCGGGCAAGAACCCCUGAAAGGUGCCACCGAGGGCAGAGGAUAUAAUCUCGGAGAGCCAAUUCCUGUCAGCUGCCUGAACAGGACAGUCGAAACAGGCGAACACAUAACCGACGCCUCAGGCCAACUCCAAUAUGUCCCCUUCCCGACGUGCAACGAGACUGGGCGACCCCUCGAGCUCUUCUUCGGCGUCGAGCAGUCGCUCAACUGCACGCUGGAUUUCAUCUCCGACCCCUUCUUCCACCUCCUCGAAUUCUACAUUCACAACGACGCGCCGCUGAGCUGCCGCAUCCCGUCGAAACCGCUGCCGCCCUCCGUGCUAGAAAAGGACUUCCGAGAAGUGGAUGAAACCACGCAGGAGGGUGCGCUGGGGAGUCAGUCAAGCUUGUAUACCCCGCUGGUUGUUGCGCUGAGCGGGACACUCCAGCUGAGCCACUUGCAUGUCGGAAACGACUUGAAUUUGCUCGUGCACGCGAAGCCCAAGAGCGAGGACCCGGGGACUAUUGAUGCAGCGACUGCAUAUAGCAUCGCUAGCCAUACGCGGAACGCGAGGGUCACGAUUGGGGAUAGCUUGAGUCUGCACUUCAGCGUAAGGUGGUAUCCGUCUACCACGCUGCCGCCUGGUUGGAGCGGGUACGGCGGACACUUGUACAAGAGCACAUUUUUGUACUGCUUGUUGAGCGCGGGGGCGAGUGCGGCUAUUUGUGUGGCGUACUUUAGGGGCGUGGAGCUGCCGAGGAGGCUGAAGAGAUAUGCAGGAGACCGCAUGGGCGUAGGUAGGGGCGGUGGAUAUGGACUCCCGGUUGCGAAUGGGAGGGGAAAUGGAUAUGGUGGAUACGGGUAUGGAAUCGGGACGGGGAAUGGGAAGAGAAUUGAUUAG